CAGUCUCCGGCCGAGUCUUCUCGCAGCCGCAACCCACCUGGGGCCAGCCCAGUACUGCCGGCGCCGCUCGGCUCCCUCCCUCCCUCCCGGCCCUUCGGCCGCGGCAGAGUGCGCCUGCCUUUUCCGGGGGCGGGGGCCCAGCUUGCGCUCUCCCCUCCCGAAGGCGCCCGCUCGGACAACCCAAGGAUUGCUACUUCUCUGCCAACUUCGCCAACUCACCGGCACUUGGAGCGGCCCGGCUUCCAGCCCGGCGCCCUCGGGCCGCCCCAGCGCCUCGUCCUCUCCGAUCGCUGCCUCUCGGAUGACCAGGUUCCAGGGGAACUGAGCGAGCCGCCUCCCCCUCCCAGCCUCAGCCCUGGCCGCAGUGGCCGCCAGCGCCAUGCGCCCCCAGAUUCCCCCCGCCCGACCCGCCGCCUCUGGGCCGUUCUGCUGACCGCCCAGCCCCGAGCCCAGACGGUGGGAAGUUGCGGCGGCUGCGGUUGCAAACUCCGGCGGGUCCCGGAGGAGUCCUCGCGGGGAGCGCAGCGCGGCGCCCUCAACCCCUGUGCGCCCCGCGGCAGCCGGGCACCUGCUCACCCCCCCACCGUCCCUCCCUUUUCUCCUCAAGUCCUGAAGUUGAGUUUGAGAGGCGACACGGCGGCGGCGGCCGCGCUGCUCCCGCUCCUCUGCCUCCCCAUGGAUAUGCACUGCAAAGCAGACCCCUUCUCCGCGAUGCACCCAGGGCACGGGGGUGUGAACCAGCUCGGGGGGGUGUUUGUGAACGGCCGGCCCCUGCCCGACGUGGUGAGGCAGCGCAUCGUGGAGCUGGCCCACCAGGGUGUGCGGCCCUGUGACAUCUCUCGGCAGUUGCGGGUCAGCCACGGCUGUGUCAGCAAAAUCCUGGGCAGGUACUACGAGACUGGCAGCAUCAAGCCCGGAGUGAUUGGCGGCUCCAAGCCCAAAGUGGCAACGCCCAAAGUGGUGGACAAGAUUGCUGAAUACAAGCGACAGAACCCAACUAUGUUUGCUUGGGAGAUCCGCGACCGGCUCCUGGCUGAGGGCAUCUGCGACAAUGACACCGUGCCCAGCGUUUCUUCUAUCAACAGGAUCAUCCGGACCAAAGUUCAGCAGCCUUUCCACCCAACACCGGAUGGGGCUGGGACCGGCGUGACUGCCCCCGGACACACCAUUGUUCCUAGUACGGCCUCCCCUCCUGUUUCCAGCGCCUCCAAUGAUCCAGUGGGAUCCUACUCCAUCAACGGGAUAUUGGGGAUCCCUCGCUCCAAUGGCGAGAAGAGGAAACGUGAUGAAGAUGUGUCCGAGGGCUCAGUCCCCAAUGGAGACUCCCAGAGUGGCGUGGACAGUUUGCGGAAGCACUUGCGAGCUGACACCUUCACCCAGCAGCAGCUGGAAGCUUUGGAUCGGGUCUUUGAGCGUCCUUCCUACCCUGACGUCUUCCAGGCAUCAGAGCACAUCAAAUCAGAACAGGGGAACGAGUACUCCCUCCCAGCCCUGACCCCUGGGCUUGAUGAAGUCAAAUCGAGUCUAUCUGCGUCCACCAACCCCGAGCUGGGCAGCAACGUGUCAGGCACGCAGACAUACCCCGUUGUGACCGGUCGUGACAUGGCGAGCACCACUCUGCCUGGUUACCCCCCUCACGUGCCCCCCACUGGCCAGGGAAGCUACCCCACCUCCACCCUGGCAGGAAUGGUGCCUGGGAGCGAGUUCUCCGGCAACCCGUACAGCCACCCCCAGUACACCGCCUACAACGAGGCUUGGAGAUUCAGCAACCCCGCCUUACUAAGUUCCCCUUAUUAUUAUAGUGCCGCCCCCCGGGGCUCCGCCCCUGCCGCUGCUGCCGCUGCCUAUGACCGCCACUAGUUACCGCGGGGACCACAUCAAGCUUCAGGCCGAUAGCUUCGGCCUCCACAUCGUCCCUGUCUGACCGCCCACCCCGGAGAGAGGGAGAACCGAUGCGACGCGAAGCCUCUCGCCACCGCCCCAGCCCCAUCCCCACCCAGGAAGCCUGCAGCCCUUCACAGUCACCCCAUCGAAGACCGGACAGGACGAGUGGAGCCGCGGGCGGGACCCUCAGGCCUGGGCCCGCCGCCCCCAACCCCGCCCGCUGCCCAUCCCCGCCUGCCUGGACUGCGCGGCGCAGCGAGGUGGGCCCGACCCAGCUCAUCCGGCCUCGUCAGAGCCGGCCCGGAGCACCAUCUACAACGUCGGACUCUGGCCAGGCCCGCUUCGCGCGGGACACGUUUCUGUGACACACAAUCAGCGCGGACUGCAGCGCGGUCCAGGCCCGGAGCAGCCCACCUCCGACGCUCCUGCGCCAGGAGGCCUCGCUGAAGGGACUGGGCAAAGGGAAUUAAAAGAACAAACCGAUUUUCUGCAGAAGGAGUAAGAGCCUCCUGCCGAACCCUCGGGGAAAAGUCCUUACCCCGCGCCACUGGACUGCCACCACCUUCCGAGUGUGCCCAGCCCCAGGCAGGAGGUGGAAUGGAAUGGGGGCUGGGCUCUAGGGACAAAGGUUGGGUUUUUCAGGUCUUUCCAAGGUUGGGACCCGAGGCAAGGAGGCCCCAGCAGCCCGCAGCCACCGAACCCGACUCUUGGCUCUUCCCUUCUCCAUCUGAACUGCCCAGGCACUUCCUUCUAGUGACCAGACUCUCAACCCCACCUUGCCCCUACCUCAGCGUCUCAACCAUCUGCUGACCUCCCAGUCUCCCCUCAUGCCGGUCCUUUUCCCAUCGCUCUGCAUCUCUCCUCCCUAACUCGCUGCCCAAUCGGAGGCUGUCCGGUGCCUGCCGCAGGACCAGUUCCCACAGGCCAUGAGGCACUGGUCUUCCCCAGCAGUUACUUGAUGUCCCUCCCCCGACACAGACUCUCCAUCUGCGGGUGGUAGGAGCAGGUUCUUUCUGAGCUGGCGUCUGAGCUGCGGCGGGGUGGAAGUGGAGGUCGCCCACUCCCCCCCAGCCUCCUCCUCCCGCAGAAACUGAACAGAACCGCAAAAAAGUCUACAUUUAUUUAAUAUGAUGGUCUUUGCAAAAAGGAACAAACAAAAACCCAACAGGCUGCUGCUUUGUAGAAAGACGGUGUGUGUCGUGUGAAGGCGAACCCGUGUAUAUAACCCCGCCCCGUCCGCCCCGCCCUGCCCAGUAGAGUCCCCGCUGCCCGCCAGCCCUGCCUGUAGAUGCGCCCCGCUGUCUGCUGUGAGAGUCGCCGCUCGCUGGGGGGGGAGGGGGGGACACAGCUAUACACACACUAAAGCACAGCACGUCCUGGGGGAGGGUGGCAUUUUUUAUGUUACAAAAAAAAUUACAAAAGAAAUCUCUAUGCAAAAUGACGAACAUGGUCCUGUGGACUCCUCUCGCCUCUGUUUUGUUAGCUAUUUCUCUCUAAUUCCGUGUUUUCGCUCUCUCCUCUGCAUCUCUCUCUUGCGCAUCUCUCCCCUCUCUCCAUCUCUCUUUCCCCGUCUAUCUCUGUGUCUCUCGGUCUUUGUCUCUCUGUCUCUGUCCCUCCCUCAGCCCUGCCCCGGCCGCCUUGCCCUCGCAGCCUAGAUCAGAGGUGGCAGCUCCACCCCCGGGCUUGUCCCCUUGCGGCCGUGCCACGCGCGCCCUGGGCCGCCGGCGGCCGGGCAGCCCCGUCCCGUAGUUGCUCUCUCGGUAGCGGCGAUGCGCCCUGCAUGUCUCCUCACCCGUGGAUCGUGACGACUCGAAAUAACAGAAACAAACUCAAUAAAAGUGAAAAUAAAUAAAUAAAAUAAAAAUCCUUGAACAAAUGCGAAAAGGCUUGGAGUCCUCGCCCAGAUCUCUCUCCCCUUCGAGCCUUUUUAUUUGAAAAGGAAAACGAGAAAAGAGAAUAGUUUAAGGGAACUGUCGGCGCCCAGCCAGGCUCCAGUGGCCCGAGCUAGACGGCAGGGCGCCGAGGUUCGAACUCCGAGCGCCGGCCCAUCCCAGCCUCGCAGGGCUGGAGGGUCAGAGUUCUCAGAGCCAGGACCCAGCGAACCCUCGAGAGAGCCCCUGACAGCUUUGGUCUCCUUGGCCACUUUGAGCGCGUCGGUUCGUUUUUAUUCUUUUCUUUCUUUUUCUUUCUUUUUUUUUUGUGCACAUGAUAAAUAAAUAAUAAUAAUAAAUAAUAAAUAA